AUGACUUACGACGCAUCAAAAGCUACUUCCUAUUUGAAAGAUUAUCCAAAAAAGGACGGUUUAUCAAUCAAAGAGUUGAUUGAUUCAACUAACUUUGGUGGUUUAACUUACAACGAUUUCUUAAUCUUGCCUGGUUUGAUUACUUUCCCAAGCACCAAUGUGAGCUUAGAAAUCAAGUUGACCAAAAAGAUUACCUUAAAAACUCCAUUUGUCUCAAGUCCUAUGGAUACUGUCACUGAAGAAAAUAUGGCCAUCCAUAUGGCAUUAUUAGGGGGUAUUGGUAUCAUUCACCACAACUGUACUGCCGACGAACAAGCCGAAAUGGUCAAAAAGGUCAAGAAAUAUGAGAACGGUUUUAUCAAUGACCCAGUCGUUAUUUCACCAGAUGUCACUGUUGGGGACGUCAAGAAGAUGAAGGAGAUUAUGGGAUUCACCUCUUUCCCUGUUACUGAAAAUGGUAAAGUUGGAGGAAAAUUGAUUGGUAUCAUCACGUCUCGUGAUGUUCAAUUUCACGAAAACAACAAGGACCCAGUAUCACAAGUCAUGACUACCGACUUGAUCACUGGAAAGCAGGGCAUCUCAUUAACUGAAGGUAACGAAAUUUUGAGAAAGUCUAAAAAGGGCAAACUACCAAUUGUUGACUCAAAAGGUAACUUAGUCUCAUUGAUUUCAUUGACCGAUUUGCAAAAGAAUCACGAUUUCCCAAAUGCAUCAAAAUCAUUCCACUCCAAACAGUUAUUGUGUGGUGCUGCUAUUGGAACCAUGGAUGCAGAUAAAGAAAGAUUGGACAAAUUGGUCGAAGCAGGCUUGGAUGUUGUUGUCAUUGAUUCUUCAAACGGUUCAUCAACAUUCCAAAUCAACAUGCUUAAAUGGAUUAAAGAGAAGUACCCAGAACUCCAAGUCAUUGCUGGUAAUGUUGUCACUAGAGAACAAGCUGCUUUGUUGAUUGAAGCUGGUGCCGAUGCUUUGAGAAUUGGUAUGGGAUCAGGUUCAAUCUGUAUUACACAAGAAGUGAUGGCUUGUGGUAGGCCACAAGGUACAGCUGUUUAUGGAGUCACUGAAUUUGCCAACAAAUUUGGUGUUCCAUGUAUUGCUGAUGGUGGUAUUGGAAACAUUGGUCACAUUUCAAAAGCUUUGGCUUUGGGUGCAUCAUGUGUUAUGAUGGGAGGUUUGUUAGCUGGUACUUCUGAAACUCCAGGUGAUUACUUUUACAGAGAUGGACAAAGGUUGAAAGCAUACAGAGGUAUGGGAUCUAUUGAUGCUAUGCAACAAACUAGUACCAAUGCUAAUGCAUCCACAUCGAGAUACUUUUCAGAAACCGAUAAAGUUUUUGUUGCUCAAGGUGUUAGUGGAUCAGUUAUUGAUAAAGGUUCCAUCACCAAGUUUGUUCCAUACUUGUACAACGGUUUGCAACAUUCUUUGCAAGAUAUUGGUAUUCAAUCCAUCACCGAAUUGAGAGAAAAGGUUGAUAAUGGUUCGGUCAGAUUUGAAUUCAGAACUGCUUCUGCUCAAUUCGAAGGUGGUGUUCACGGUUUACACUCUUAUGAGAAAACCUUGCAUAACUAA